GGAGAUGUUUCCGCAGGAACUUUUUUGGUGACGGACCCCGGCGUGCGUUAAGAAUGCUUCAUUAAAAACAAACGUAGCAGCUUUUCUACGGUUUCAUCUAGUUUAAAGAAAAAAAGCCAAAAUUAAGUGAUAUUCUCGAAACAUGGAGACUAUUUUGGAACAACAGCGGCGCUAUCAUGAGGAGAAGGAGCGGCUUAUGGACGCCAAAACCAAAGAAAUGUUGCACAAAAAGUCAACGCUUCGGGACCAGAUUAACUCCGACCAUCGGAUUAGAGCCAUGCUCGAUAGGUACAUGGAUGUCAGCGCAAACCUGCGAGACUCUUAUGAAGACAAAGAUGGCAUGAGGAGAGACGAGCUCGCCGCCAUCUCAGGACCAAACGAGUUUGCCGAGUUCUACAACAGACUCAAACACAUAAAGGAGUUUCACAGGAAACAUCCCAACGAGAUUUCUAUCCCCAUGUCUGCAGAGUUUGAUGAGUUGAUGAAAGCCAGAGAGAAUCUCAGUGAGGAAGCUCAGAACAUGGUGGACUUCACGGAUGAGGAGGGAUACGGCCGCUACCUGGACCUCCACGACUGCUACCUGAAGUACAUCAACCUGAAGGGAGCGGAGAAACUGGACUACAUCACCUACCUGUCUUCGUUCGAUCAGCUGUUCGACAUCUCUAAGGACCGGAAAAAUGCGGAGUACAGAAAAUACCUGGAGAUGCUGCUGGAGUACCUGCAGGACUACACCGACAGGGUCAAACCUCUGCUGGACCAGAACGAGCUCUACGGCAAAGUGCUGACCGACUUUGAGAAGAAGUGGGACAAUGGGAACUUUCCGGGCUGGCCCAAAGAAACGAGCAGCGCUUUGACACAUGCCGGAGCUCAUCUGGACCUGUCUGCCUUUUCAUCCUGGGAGGAGUUGGCCUCUUUGGGGUUGGACAGGUUGAAGUCGGCUUUGAUGGCUCUGGGGCUGAAGUGUGGAGGGACUCUGGAGGAGAGAGCUCAGAGACUCUUCAGCACCAAAGGCAAAUCCCUGGAGUCGCUCGAUCCUUCUCUGUUCGCCAAGAACCCAAAAGCCAAAGGCCCCAAAAAAGACACGGAGCGCAACAAGGAAAUCGCCUUCCUGGAAGCCCAGGUCUAUGAACUGGUGGAGAUCCUCGGGGAACAAAGGCAGCUGACGCACGAGAACGUCCAGCGGAAGCAGGCCAGGACGGGGGAGGAGCGUGAGGAGGAGGAGGAGGAGCAGCUCAGUGAGAGCGAGAGCGAAGAUGAGGACAACGAGAUCAUCUACAACCCCAAGAACUUACCUCUGGGCUGGGAUGGAAAGCCGAUCCCCUACUGGCUCUACAAGCUCCACGGUCUGAACAUCAACUACAACUGUGAGAUCUGUGGAAACUACACCUACAGAGGACCCAAAGCCUUCCAGCGGCACUUUGCGGAGUGGCGGCACGCUCACGGCAUGCGCUGCCUGGGGAUCCCCAACACGGCUCACUUCGCUAACGUCACACAGAUCGAGGACGCCGUCUCCCUGUGGGCUAAGCUGAAGUCCCAGAAGGCUUUGGAGCGCUGGCAGCCAGACACAGAGGAGGAGUACGAGGACUCCAGCGGGAAUGUGGUCAACAAGAAGACCUAUGAAGAUCUGAAGCGCCAGGGAUUGCUGUAGAGGCGCAGGAAGGAGAAUCACUGUUGUUUUGUUUGUUUUACUCAAACAUGCUUUCUGUUGUCAGUCAGUAGUAAUGUUUUCCAGCUCCAGUUUUUCCUCUAAAACAUUUCUAAAAUGUCAAUCUUUGAACAAUAAACUGAAGACUUUUUACACAGA